UUAUAACCCCACACAUUGCUUUUCUCCUCCUACAUAUAAGGAGCUCCACACUCCCUCAAACUAAACCAAUUCAAAUCAUCUCUAUUCGUCAUCAAUACAAACCAACCUUCUCAAUUCCUCACUUUUGAUCCACAUUUUCACUAAUGGCUUCCAGCUCAAUCAGCAACUCAUCAUGGACAGCUAAAGAGGACAAGCAAUUCGAAAUGGCGUUGGCAAAAUAUGACAAGGAGACUCCUGACCGUUGGCAAAAAAUUGCAAGGGCAGUUGGUGGAAAAUCAACUGAAGAAGUAAAGCGACACUAUGAAUUGCUUAUUAGGGAUGUGAAUGACAUUGAGUCAGGACGCUAUCCACAACCUAGGUACCGUAACACUAAUUGAGGCCAUUAAUAAAAUGCCUUUAUAUCAAGAAGAUGACAUUUGAGAGAAUCUAUAAAGAACUAAGAAUUCGAUGUAUUGCUUAAUGCUUAUAGUCUAUUGCCUUUUUUUGUUUUUUUUUUUUUUUUUUAAAUUUCUGUUUGGUUUUCAACUAUGUAAUAAUCUCUCUCAAUUUCCAUCCUAAUCUAAUCCAAUCAAUUUAAGUUCAUA